CCCGAUAUCUCGAGUUUGAAUUUAGUAUUGAGCGAUCUAGACGAAUAUCAUCUUAGGAGGUCUAAUAUAUCAAUCACCCUCUUUGCCUGGGGUGUUUUGCGCCUAAGGCGGUGAGCAGUCCUGCUGCGUCGAUUCUAUUUUCUUGGGUGCUUGCUUCCUUGACCUUCUUGCGCCCAACGGUCCGGCGUUGUACAGCAAAACUCCGGAAUAUUCAUACAAAGAGUUACUUUGAGCGUUUACACCCAAAACUGUUGCUAGGCCGGGUUCGCAGAAGACAUCUAGGCUCUCAAAUCCCGAUAAGCGCUGAUACCUUUGAUCCUCGCGAUGUCUCGAUCGCUGCAAACUCCACUGGGAGGACCGUCAUCAGGAUCCCAGACCCAGUCAAUUUCUCGCCAGCCUGCCGAAUCUUCAGCCCGCACGCAAGGUACUCUAAGGUUGAGAGCUGAAAACGACUCUGUUAGAGAGAAUGAUUUGGAUGGGUCUACAUCUAGGCGUAUACGGUGGAGUGAGGAUGUUGUAGAUAAUGAAGGGAUGGGCAAAAAAAGCUCCAAAGUGUGUUGCAUCUACCAUAAAAACCGCCCUGUCGGCGAAAGUAGUUCAGAGUCGGAAUCUUCGGAUUCAAGCUCCAAUGAUUCGGACAGUGACUGUGAAAGAGAUCAACGGGGCUCUGGAAACGGCAGCCAUGACCACGGGCAUGGACCCUCAAAUCAGUCUCAGCAAACCAGCAAGGGAGGACAGUCGAACUGUCCCAAACACCAUGGGAAGUAUAAGCAAAGAAAACGAAGUCCCAAUGCCUACGAGAAGAUGCCUAAAACGAAUAAAGGCCGAUGAGAAAUUUGGUUGUCCAGAUUGGAAUAGAGGAGCACCUCAAUCGGCUUGGAGCCACAUACCAAGCAGUGGAAUGGUACAUAAAUAUCGCCAUGUUCCAUAAAAAUUACGACUUCCCGACAUGUACGCUCCUUUCAUUAUGUGUGCUUUGGAAGCGUGCUGAAUUA